AUGAGCUACACCCAGUUUGCCUUCCCCUGGUUUUCUCUGGAAAGCAAUGCUGGAGAGGUGGCCAUCAAAAGGGUGCCACGGGAGCGCGUCCGGCACUGGGGCGAGCUGGAGAUCGUGCUGCUGGCCAAGGUGUCCACUGGCUUCCCUGGUGUGGUCCAGCUGCUGGAGUGGCUUGAGCUCCCCAACGAUGUCUUGAUGGUGCUGGAGCGCCCGGAGCGGUGUCAGGACCUGCAGCAUUUCAUUCGGGCACGGGGCUUCCUGCCCGAGGAGGUGGCGCGGGAGCUGUUCCGCCAGGUGCUGGAGGCCGUGCGGCACUGCACCAGCUGCGGGGUCCUGCACAGGGACAUCAAACCAGAGAACAUCCUGGUU